AUGGACAUGUUACUUGAGCACGGUGUUAUUGCUAGAUACACAGAAUGUCCAACGUGCCACAGACAAGUGGAAAUCAACAGAGAAACACUACAAUUUACGUGCCAGCGACGUUACCAAGUGGACAGACGUGUGAGAAAGUGCAGAUCUCGACAGAGUGGCAAAAGAGGCACUUGGUUUGCGUUGUCGAAGCUGAAAUUGGAAGACAUUCUGUACAUGACAGUGCUAACAUGUGUGUACAUGAUGUGGCUAAAGAUGUCAUUUCCGCGACAAAGCUUCAUAAUGAGGGAACUUUCUUGUUCAGCACACACCAUCGUAGACUGGUCCUCAUUUUGUCGCGAGAUAUGCAUCAAUUGGUGCACCAGAACGUCUGUUCCGCUUGGUGGGAUUGGAAGAAUUGUAGAGAUUGAUGAGACGAAAUUCGGGAAAAGGAAAUACAAUAGGGGCCGGAUCAUCGAAGGACAAUGGGUCUUCGGGGGUUUUGAACGUGAAACCAAGAAGGUCUUUUUAGUUCCAGUGGAAAAUCGUACAGUUGCGACCCUCCUUGCAGUUAUCAGGCAAUGGAUUUUGCCUGGAACAACCAUUGUUUCUGACUAUUGGAAGUCAUACGACACAUUGGAACAUGAAGGGUUUAAACACCACAAAGUAAAUCAUUCCCUGAACUUUGUGGACCCCCAAGAUCCGCUGAUGGUGACUCACGGUGUCUGA